CACAGGUGACAGCAUCCACGGGUGACAGCUCUGGCAGGCACACGAGAACACAGCCUCCCUCGUCCUCCUGCUACCCCUGGAUCUGUCCCACUUGGGAUGUUUCCAGGACAGAAACUGGAUCAGGAUCAGGGCUGGGAUUGGUCCCAGAGGAUGUGAUGAAUGUGAGGGGCAGUGCUGCUUUGUGGAGCAGGCUGGCAGGGCAUGAAGCCAUGUUCUUAUUUUCCUUAAAAAUCUCUGUAGGAGUCCAGGGAAGGUAUCCAGCAAGGUGGCUGUGGAAUGCAGAGGAAUGUGUGGGGCAGGCUUGGAGGGGCAGUGGGAGGCACUGGAGCGGGGAUGUGGGGAUCACAGAGUCCCAGAAUUGAUAGGGUUGGAAAUGACUGGAGACUGACCAAUCCAACCCCAUGGGCUUGGAGCAGCAGGAGCCUCUGGAGUGGGAAUCAUCCAGAGGGGCAGUGGGACGUGCUGGGCUCUGAGGGAGGGCUCUGGAGGACACAGCUGGACAGCCCUGGCACAGGGAAUGCUGUCCUUGCUGCUCCCUGGAGAGAAGGAUGAGCUGUGACCCCGCACCAGGCAGCAUCACACGCUCUCAGCCGCGUGGGCUGGCAGCUCUGGGACCACAUGGAAAUAGCUUCUCUUCCCUGGGGAAGCUGCCUUGCUGCUUCCAAGAAAAAGUGGAUGUUGUAACCCUCAGCUCCUCACACCGUUUCUCUGUACCCCGACAUUAUCCUGUUUCCACACAUGCAGGGAUUUUUCGUGGUGCACCUGGUUUUGCAAGUGAGAAUUGUGUCCCACGUUAUCCAGGGUCAUUGUGGGUUAGUUGCAUCAUCCUCCUCACUCUGGUGGGAUGGAAUCACAUCUGGGAAGAAAGAAUUGGGAAAUAGGAGGUGAUGGCCUGGCUAAACCCUGCGUGGCAACAGCAGAGGAGUUCCUGGGAUUUGUCCUCCUCCUCCCAGUCUCUGUCAUCCCAGUUGUUCAGAUUUGGUUCCCUGAGGAGCUCACUGGAGCCAGACACGAGUUCCUACUGCAGCCUGGUGGGAAAGGGUUGGGAUUUUCAAAAGCUGCUUAGAGCAGACAUUGCAUGAAAAAUCAUUGGCUGUUUGUGCCCGUGCAUCCUGUGGCUCUCCUGGGAAUGCCAUCCUCAGGGAAAGCUAUGUCCAGCCCUUUGUGGCUCAGCACUGUCUUAGGAGUAUUCCAGCAGGCAGAGCUGCUCCCUGCCCUCUCACAGGUACUGACAGCUGAGCUUGAAGGGAUUUCUUUUCUCCCUUUAUUGUGUGGUGGAAUUAGAAGGUUAUGGAUUAUUCCUGUUGGUUAUGGAUUAUUCCUGUUGGGUAUGGAUUAUUCCUGUUGGGUAUGGAUUAUUCCUGUUGCAGUAUUCCAGUCUCCUGGAGGCAGAUUAGGCUGAAGAGUGGGAGCACACCCUGCCCUGAGGGUGGUGCAGAGCUGCUGGAUCCCCCAGGGGUAUCUCAGUGUCCCCUGUGUCCCCUGUGUGCCCAGGUGAGGCGGUACCAGGUGCUGCUGGCCCUGAUGCUCUCCAGCCAGACCAAGGACCAGGUGACGAGCGCUGCCAUGCUGCGCCUGCGCCGGCGCGGCCUCACCGUGGACAGCGUGCUGCAGAUGGACGAGGAGAGCCUGGGCCACAUCAUCUACCCCGUGGGCUUCUGGAGGAACAAGGUGAAGUACAUCAAGCAGACCACGGCCAUCCUGAAGCAGAAAUACGGAGGGGACAUCCCAAGCACUGUGGAGGAGCUGGUGCAGCUGCCAGGAGUUGGGCCCAAAAUGGCCCAUCUGGCCAUGCACAUUGCCUGGGACAGCGUGGCUGGCAUAGCUGUGGACACCCACGUGCACAGGAUCUCCAACAGGCUCCAGUGGGUGAAGAAGGAGACCAAGAGCCCCGAGCAGACUCGGGUGGCACUGGAGGAGUGGCUGCCCAGGGACCUCUGGAAGGAGAUCAACUGGCUCCUGGUGGGCUUUGGGCAGCAGACCUGCCUGCCUGUGAGCCCUCGCUGCAGCCAGUGCCUCAACCAGGACAUCUGCCCUGCUGCCAAGAGACCCUGAGGGACCAUCCAGCCUUGGCAGAGCCACAGAGCUGCUUGGGCCUGGCACGGGGCUGGCAGUGUGGCUGCAGGGACAGGAGCCUGCUCAGCAGCUCCAGGAACAGCCACUGGCCACGGCUCAGCUCUGCAGAGGGAAAAGGGGCUUGGAGAGGCAGCAACCCUGCUGGGACAGAGCUGCACGCUCCAGCCUGGCUGAAUGGCUGAGCACAGCCCAGCUGUGCCACUCUGAGUCACUGCAGGGAAAAGCUUUGUCCUCGGGGAGCUGCUGCUGCUGCUUGUAAAUAUUGUUUAAUAAAGGUGGUGAGGGCUUUUUGCA